UUAUUUUAAGAAAUAAUUUUUUAAAUAAGAAUGCAUUUAAAUAUUUCCAUUCUAGUUGGUUAAAUUUAAAGUAAAAGAUUUAAGAAACAAUCUAAUACGUUCUAAUAUGUUAUGAGAUUCGAUAUUGUAUUGAGCGCCCUCUUGGAUCACGUGAUUUGUGUCGAAUGAUAAGCGAAGAAUCAAUGUUUGCAGAUCAUCUUUGACUGCGGUACUGUCUGUUGUGUGAUUCUAACCUAAAAAUUUAUCAUGGCUGAUACAGAUCAAGAUGUAACAGAUCGUGGUGAUGGUGAUAAUUUAAAAACCGACAAGCUAUUUACUUUGAAGAAAUGGAAUGCUGUGGCUAUGUGGAGUUGGGACGUCGAAUGCGAUACAUGUGCUAUUUGUCGAGUUCAGGUUAUGGACGCGUGUUUACGAUGCCAGGCAGAAAGCAAGAAGGACUUUUACGGACGACAAGACUGCGUGGUCGUAUGGGGCGAGUGUAACCAUUCGUUUCAUUACUGUUGCAUGUCCUUGUGGGUGAAGCAGAACAAUCGUUGUCCAUUAUGUCAACAGGAAUGGUCCAUCCAAAGAAUGGGAAAAUAACGAUGCGAUUAGGACACCUAUAUUAUAUUUCAUCAUUAAACAUUUUGUUUUUUUCUUUUUAAAAUAAUACUAUGCCUCUCUU